AUGUCUAAAUCCCAAAGCAUCCCCAAUAUAGACGACCUCAGUCUCUACGAUUCAGAAGAAGAAGUUCCGGUUGACACGCCCGCGCACCGUAAAACAAAGUCUCGGGACGCCAACGGUGCACCCGCCGACAAUACUUCUGGCGCCUCGAAGCAACGACCCGAGUCCAAAUACACCGCUGAAGAAGCCCGUGAAGCUGCCCUCCGGAAAGAGCUCGAAAGCGUACGAAACAUCAACAAAGUAAUCGAAGAUGUCGUCUCCUCCCUCGAAAAAGCGAAAAGCAACAUGGAUACCGUCCACCGCACCGUAACCUCCGCCUCCACCCUCCUGAACACCUGGACCCGCAUCCUUUCGCAAACCGAACACAACCAACGUCUGAUCCUCAAUCCCAACUGGCACGGCGCCAGCCAAGAUCUCGCAGACAUCGAGUCCGAGGCCUUCCAGCGCCAGCAGGCGGCCGAGCAGUCCCGGAUUCACGAGCAGAUGCGGCGUGAAGCUGCUGCUAGAAAGGCCGAGGAGGAGGAGAGCAGGAGGGCCGAGGCGGGGAGUAGGCCUGCCAGUGGGGCGAGGGGGAGAGGGAGGGGCGUGAGAGGAGGUAGAGCUAGUGCUGGUGGUGCUGCAGGCAGAGGCGCAGGGGCUGGUGCAGGGAGUGGCAGCGGGAGUGGGUAUGUGGGGGUUGGUGGGCAGGGUGGACGGGGGAGUGGGAGGACGACGCCUGGUACGGGACGUGGGGCGAGUGGGAUUCCGGGUAGGGGUACAAGAGGGAGAGGUAGAGGGGUGGGAUGA